AAGACAUACCCCCACAUAGCCAUUUCUUAUAUAUUGGGGCGCAGACGGCCCGCGCAGGCGUCCGCGAAACUCACUUCGAUGGCUUUUUGCUCUCGCCUGGUCAUCGUUCUCCUUUCCAAUCGACCCUGAUGGCCCUUCAAGCUCUGAGGUCUCAAUGGAGCUACUCCCGCGUUCCCGCUGACGAUGCGUCCAGCCCCGCCUUGCCUUCGUCGAAAAAGACCCGACCGAGCCUAUCCGAGGUCCUGCGCUCGAAGCGCUUUCGCGCAGUCGUGGCCGCCGUUGUUGGGAUCCUCUUCGUGAUCUUGGUGUUCCAAAACUCGGUCCGCGUCUCGGCAAUACGGUCGUCUGCCUCAUUCGGAGUCGGCGCUGCGUCCGGGCAAGACCAUGUUGACUGGUCUCGGUUUGCGUAUGUGCAAUACGUCACUGACUCGCAUUAUCUCUGCAAUUCGGUCAUGUUCUUCGAAAGGUUGGACCACGUGGGAAGCAAGGCGGACCGUGUCAUGAUGUAUCCGUCCUCCAUGCUCGACCCCCAAGCGACGGGGGGCGGCACAAAGGAUGCGAAACUUCUCAUCCGCGCGAGGGAUGUUUAUGGGGUCAAAUUGGUACCUAUCGUGGUCCAACAUAGGGAAAGCGCAGAUCCGACGUGGGCUGAUUCCUUCACCAAACUGCUGGCCUUCAACCAGACGCAGUACGAACGCGUCCUGUCACUUGAUUCCGACUCGACUCUCCUCCAAAACGUGGACGAGCUCUUCCUCCUGCCGCCCGCCUCCGUGGCCAUGCCCCUGGCCUACUGGUUGUAUCCGGAAAAGGACAUCCUUUCUUCUCAGGUCAUGCUCGUGACGCCGAGCGCCGCCGAGUUCGCGCGCAUCAGGGCAAAGAUAGACAGCGCCGGCAAGGACGAUUACGACAUGGAGAUCGUAAACACCCUGUACAGGGACAGCGCCAUGAUCAUCCCGCACCGCCCUUACGACCUCCUGACGCGCACCUUCGGAGGCGACCACAUGGCCGAGUACCUCGGGAACGACAAGGAGGUUUUCGACGCGGUCGCCGUCUACAACGAGGCGAAAUUCCUCCACUUCUCCGACUGGCCGGUGCACAAGCCCUGGCUGGAUUCCCCGCCGGAGCUCGUGCAGGGGCACCAGCCCAAAUGCGUGGCGAAGGACGGGGCCGAAGACUGCACCACAAGAGAUCUGUGGCUCGGCUUUUACACGGACUUUAGGAAUCGUAGAAAGCGGAUUUGCGAGAAUCUCUCGACCAGGGCGGAUUGGUGACAGUGCUCAGCGCCCUUUGAGCGUCGGAUGAUGUAUGGAUAAGACAUGGAGCCUUUCCUUGUAUUAUGAAUGACCCAGGAUGGGAUGUAUGACUUGUGGAGUUGGGGAUUGGUUUUUUUCAAUGUAUUGGCGAUAUGAUAUCUGUACUUCACACAGCCAAAGAUACCUCACAGCAGCCAAUCAUGACCUUGUCGACAAAGGGCGUCGCAUCUGCCCUCGCCUCUUGUCACUCCAGCACCCAGAAAACGGGACCAAAGAAAAACCCGAGGAACCCUGACGAAGGCUUCAUUCAAAAAGUCGACACUGGUUCUGCAGAUGCUCAAUCUGGAAAAGAGUGUUCCAAGCUUGGCCGCCCAAACUCGACAUGUCUCUCAUACAUGCCGCGCUCUGGACACCCCCCACCGUCGGAUGCCACCCGAGCGUGCUGUUGCCG